GCUGACGACGACGGGCAUAUAUAUCAGAACAUACCGUUCUGUUGAGUGGCAAAAACGAGAAGGCACUGAUCACCUUUGCUACCUACCGGCUGUAUCUCUCUCGAGUAUAAAACUUGCAAUACGCAGGAUCACAAGUGCUAUAUAUAGUGUCCGGCAAAAGAAUGAAGUUGCUAGGCGUGUCUCUAGUCUUUGUGGCGACGAUUGCGGUUGCGAGUUCGCAAACCAGAUACGCGAACAAACCAGGUUCGUGUCCGCCUGCCUUACCUGUGCAGUUCUGCGGACGAUCCUGCUACGUUGACGCACAUUGCACUGGAAUCGGCAAGUGUUGUCCGACCCGAUGCGGCGGUUCCAUCUGCUCCAUGCCCGUCACGAUGUCGCAACCUACUCGAACAGAGAAACCAGGAUCUUGCCCAUCGGUACCGACGGGAAGAUGGGUUUGUUCAUCGACUUGCAAUAGCGACAACGAUUGCAGAGGAAACUUAAAGUGUUGCAAAAACAGAUGUGGAGCCCUAGCCUGUCAGAAGCCGGAAACUAAAUCCGAAUUCGUCGGAAAUCCAGUUGAACCACUUGUUCCCCGCUUCGGAAACGAUUACAUUGAUUAUUAUCCCUAAUCACGAUUUUUAUGUGCUUAUUACAUUUAUAAUAAUUAUAACAUCCAUCAUUAAUUUCAAAUCAAACGAUCAUGUCUAUAAUAAAAUAAUUUUAGUAAUAAUUUUAUUUGUAUCUUAAUAACGUUUACUAUGUUAUAGGUACACAUUCUAUAUAUUUUUAUUAAUAAUCUUUUCGUCUGUAAUUAGAUGCAGUGCAACAAGGAGACAAAAUUACAAUUUGUAUCGUAAUUUACGCGAUUAUAUUUUUGUUACAAAAAAAUUGAAAUUGACAGAAAUUAUUAACCUAGCUUUACAGAGAUUCAAAUUGACAGAGAUUAUUAAACUAGUUUUACAGUUUACACUAUUAAUAAGAUAAUCUGUAUUUCUAUUUUUUAAUUUAUCUACCAUGUUUCAAAAUAAAUCUAUCAAGCAAACAAAA